UGAUCGUAUCCUUCUGUGCUACCGUUUUGUGUCAGUGAAUUUAUUUAUAUUUUUUUGAAAUGUCUUUCAAAUGCGUUUCGUUCGAUAAAACGUACGCGAGCAAAAGUAGCUUAACACGCCAUCAGAAGACGCAUGACGGAGCUGUUUUUAAAUGCGAGGUAUGCUCCAAAAUAUACCAACGUCGCGAUUAUUUGGUCAAACACGUACAGAUCGUUCACAGAAAAACAAUGGAAUCGAUGCGCAAACGCAUGAAAAUGGAGCUCUUGUCGUGCGAGCGUCGAUUCAUGAAACUCGUUAACUGUCCAACGUUUAAGUAUUGCACCACUUAUAACGAAAAUCUUGCAGCGGUGUCUUUGCAUAAUAAAAUUAUCGACUUCUGUAAGCCGAUUAACAUCGGCUUCGCCGUGUUCGAUAUAAGCAAGACGCUGAUGUACGACUAUCAUUAUAACGUCAUGAAACGACAUUAUCGAGAAAACAUACAGCUGCUGUACACGGAUACCAAUUCACUCGUCUAAAGCGUGAUGACGGACGAUUUUUAUCGCGAUCUGGUGAACAACCCCGACUUGCUGCUUCACAUGGACACAUCGAAUCUGCCACACGAUCACUCGUGGUACAUGGCGGAGCGUAAGAAAAUACCCGGACUGUUUACGGACGGGACGUGCGGUGACAUCAUGUUCAAGUUCGUUACUAUUAUAACAAUAUGCACAAGCAUUCAUUA